UGGUUGCCGGGCGAAUCGCCUCAAAUCAAACUACAUUUCCCAUGGGUUCGUUCGCUGUUGCUAGGGUGGAAAGGAAGAUCACCCAUGUCCGGGUGAUGGAAGACGAAGCGCUUUCCUUCCCGGGCUGCUCUUCCCUCCUUGCCAGGCGCCCAGCUCUUUCUGCGGCGGCCGUCUUGUGAGGGAAGGGAAACAAAAUGUCUGUGCCUCGAGGGGAACGGGUCUCUGGUCCUUCUCCCCGUCCCUCACAAGGAGUGAUGGAGGUGGUUAGGCUCGGAACCGUCAGCAAAUAAUGCGGAGCUUCUUUCUUGGCUCGCCUCAGCCGCAGGCUUCUCGUCUUCCAGAUUUCCGCAUCCAUCCGCUUCGCCUUUGCUUUUUCACGCUGGAAAAACCCUUUCCGGUUAUUUUAGCUUCGGCUGCAGCCCCUCUCCUAUCCGCUUGCGUUCAAUUUUAGCUCUUGCUGUUUCUGGCUUCGCCCUGUUCCCUUGGAACUCCCUGCCUCUUGAUUGGCGGUGGGAAGACCUUGGACGGGAAGAGUCGCCAUCCAGAUCGUAAGCGCGCGCCUUUGCUUUCCCAGCCGAGCAGCUUGCCUGCUGCUGCUGCUACUCUUGAGUUUUUCGCUCGCCCUUUCACUGGCCACUCGCCCCCUCGGAGCAAAGUCGAGAUGUGGCUCUUGCCUUCCUCCUCCUCCUCCUCCUCCUCGCGGUUGAUGAGCCGGAACUGUGGAGACCAGAGCAGCCCCAGGUCAUAACUGCGAAAAUGUGGCAAAGCAUUGGCCUGACAUUGUUGGUCAUUGUGGCCACCUUGGCUUGUGUCCUGCUGUUCAUGCUAUGUGGUUGGUAUGUGGUGUGGCAGCUCUUCUUAUCCAAGUUUAAGUUCUUACGAGAGCUUAUAGGAGAUACAGGAUCUCAACAGGGAGAUAAUGAAGUCACUGAGCCAGAGGCUGAACAGGAUGCAUCACCCACUCCUCAAAGGAGUAGACAGAAAGCAGCCCGGCAGCGAAGGGCACCUGUUGAAGAUGCAACUUAAGGCAGGAUGAUGAGAUCAUUCUCAAGUGACUAACACAGCACAGCUGUGAUUAUAACAACUGGUUCUACUGAUAUGCUGAAUGAGGAAAACCUUCAGAAGAUGUUGAGACAAUAUUUGGAAAAUGGCACCAGGAAAAGGAAGAUGUGCAGAAAAAAAUAGCUGCUACAAUUUUCUGAGCAGAGUUAGCAGGACAUAAAGUUUCCCUUUCUGUUCCUCCACAGUUAGGUCUAGCUGUUGUACCAUUGUGAAUGGAGCCACAUAUAUCAUUGUCUAUAUCUUCCACUUGGUUCUUUAAGCCUUAUCAUGGGUGCAGUGAUGUUCUAUUUUGGGGAACAGUCCAUAAGGUCCCACUUCUCCAUGUGAUAAAAUCAACAUUAGGUUAUGUGAAAGCUAAAUCAUCAAUUAGGUAAUGAAACCUAGGAUUUUGCUUUCAGUGCAUAAUCAUUUCAGGUGCAUGUAUAGUUUUUUUAAAGAACCUAAACAUUUUGCAAGACUUUUAUGUGUGAUUUAUCAGAUCCAUUCAGUUUUCUUUAAUAGAGAGGAUAUAAGCAUCUGUUACAAACCAUUAUCCCAUGUCAUAUUUGAAAGAACCAACUAACUGGAUUUCAAAUGAAUAUUUUUUUUCCUUUUCUUGUCUACGUUCUUUGCACCAAAAAUAAUUGAAAACUUGUUACAGAACUCUUGACACACCUCUUGGUGUACCUUUUAAAACGCAGUCUCAUCAGAUUGCUAAAUGUCACACUUGGGACCUUGAAUUUGGUGUUCCUAGUUUGUGCAUUUAAUAAGUUCUACUUUGCCUUCUGUUGAGCAGCAACCUCUGCUUGAAUUAUGAAUAAAACAGUACUGAAAGUAGCAUAAUAGUAGCAAUGGGAACUGUUAUGGGAGUUAUUACUACUGAUAAUGAACUGCCGACAUUUCCUUGAACUCUUGUCUGUAUUUUGUUGAACUGUUGACUUCAUUCUGGUUCUAAUCCAUACCAUGCAGUAGUGUUCUUCAAGGACUACACAAAGUGUCAUAAUGUUUUAUACCAGCUAAAAGCUGCUCACCGUCCUGCUAACUACACCUGUAGAAUACCUAACGCAAACCAACUUUGAAUGACCUUCAAAAUCUGCUAUUUGGAUGAAGAGCCUUUUAUUUGUUUUUUGUUCAGUUACCACUUUAUGUGUAUCUUGUGAGGAUUUUAAGAUGCAAUAUUCACAAACUUGUACAAGACUUAUAUCUUUUAUCCAUCCAUUUCCCUGAAGCUUUAAUAUAUGAAUACAUGUGACAAUUUGCCAUA